GCGAGGAGUCGGCUCCGCUUUGCUCACAGGGUCCAGCGCUGGUGUCCCCGGGACCGCAGCGCAAACUUUCUGUACUGUCUGAAGACACUUGUCCAGCGAGCCCCACUGCUCGGGGAGGAGGGGCCACGGCCGGGGACAGAUUUUUAAAGUCUUCUUCUAGGGGUUUCCAGCAGAGCCAAAUACUAGAGAAAUCUUUUCCAUUCCUCUGAAGAGUGAAGUGAGCAAAUACAACCCAGCAGUAGGCUAUUGAAGACAGCAGCCCCAGCCUGGGAGAGAAGAGCGAAACUCGAUCUAAGGAAGAAGGAGAGAGAGAAAGAAAGAAAAAGAGAAAGAAAGAAAGGAGAGAAAAAGAAAGAAAAGAAAAGAAAGAAAGAAAGCUAUACGUUAGGUUUUGGAAGGUGAUAAUGAAAUGCAAAGAAGUUACAUUUCUCGAACUUGAGAGUUAGUGACUGCUUACCAAAUUUUAAUGAAAAUUAAAUAUGACUUAGAAGCAUUGAUUUAUGAAGGUUUAUGAUGUCAUCAGUUUCGACAGAAAGCAAACUCCAGCAGGCUGUGAGCCUACAGGGAGUUGACCCAGAAACAUGCAUGAUUGUAUUUAAAAACCACUGGGCACAGGUUGUGAAAAUCUUGGAGAAGCAUGACCCCUUGAAGAACACCCAGGCAAAAUAUGGGUCUAUCCCUCCAGAUGAGGCCAGUGCUGUGCAGAAUUAUGUAGAACACAUGCUCUUUUUGUUGAUUGAAGAGCAAGCCAAGGAUGCUGCAAUGGGGCCGAUUCUGGAAUUUGUGGUCUCUGAGAACAUCAUGGAGAAACUUUUCCUUUGGAGCUUGAGAAGGGAAUUUACUGAUGAGACUAAAAUUGAGCAGCUAAAAAUGUAUGAGAUGUUGGUCACUCAGUCGCACCAGCCUCUGCUCCACCACAAACCCAUUCUGAAGCCUCUGAUGAUGUUGCUGAGCUCUUGUUCAGGAACAACCACCCCCACUGUGGAGGAGAAGCUGGUUGUCCUACUCAGUCAGCUCUGCUCCAUUCUUGCCAAAGAUCCAUCCAUUCUAGAACUCUUCUUCCACACUAGUGAAGACCAAGGUGCUGCCAACUUCCUCAUCUUCUCCCUUCUGAUUCCCUUCAUUCACCGAGAAGGGGCAGUAGGCCAGCAAGCUCGAGAUGCCUUGCUAUUCAUCAUGUCUCUCUCUGCUGAGAACAGCAUGGUGGCCCAUCACAUCGUGGAGAACACCUACUUUUGUCCAGUACUUGCAACUGGGCUCAGUGGUCUCUACUCUUCCCUGCCUACAAAGCUGGAAGAGAAGGGUGAGGAAUGGCACUGCCUUCUGAAAGAUGAUUGGCUUCUACUUCCUUCUCUGGUCCAGUUCAUGAACUCCCUGGAGUUUUGCAAUGCAGUCAUACAGGUGGCUCACCCCUUGAUUAGAAAUCAGCUCGUCAAUUACAUUUACAAUGGAUUUUUGGUACCAGUCUUGGCUCCUGCUCUCCAUAAGGUGACUGUGGAGGAGGUCAUGACCACAACUGCGUAUCUGGACCUUUUCCUGCGUAGCAUCUCCGAGCCAGCACUGCUUGAGAUCUUCCUCCGUUUUAUCCUAUUGCACCAGCAUGAGAACGUCCACAUCCUAGACACUCUCACGAGUCGAAUCAACACCCCGUUUCGGCUUUGUGUGGUGUCCCUGGCAUUAUUCAGAACUCUGAUUGGUUUACAUUGUGAAGAUGUGAUGUUACAGCUAGUUCUAAGGUAUCUGAUCCCCUGCAAUCACAUGAUGCUCAGUCAGAGGUGGGCUGUGAAGGAGAGAGACUGUUACUCUGUUUCUGCGGCCAAGCUGCUUGCCUUGACUCCUGUCUGCUGCUCCAGCGGGAUCACUCUGACGCUUGGGAACCAAGAGAGGGAUUAUAUUCUCUGGUCAAAGUGUUUGCAUGACAGUUCAGGGCCUGUGAAGCGGCUGUUCCCCGAAGCAUUCUCCCAGUCAGCCUGCAUCGUGGAGUAUGGGAAAGCCCUGGAUAUCAGCUACCUGCAGUAUCUAUGGGAGGCCCACACCAACAUCCUCCGCUGCAUGAGGGACUGCCGUGUCUGGUCUGCCCUGUAUGAUGGUGACUCCCCCAGCCCUGAGACAUUUCUUCAGAGUCUGAUAGAGGAGGGCAGUGAGAACUCGGCCUGCCCUGUGUUUGGGCUUCCACAGCAACUCCCCAGGAAGACGGGACCUCAGCUGGCUCCCAGAAAGGACAAGGGCCAGACAGAGCUAGAAUGGGAUGACAGCUAUGACACUGGAAUCUCUUCAGGGGCUGACAUGGGCUCCCUGGGGCCUUAUGAUGAUCUGGAGGCUUCAGGCCCCCCGGCACCCAUCGAUCCCCCCAAACACAUCCAGGAGAUGAAGAAGAAUGCCAUCCUGCUCUUUAAAGGGUCCUACAUCGAAGAGUCGGACUUUCAAGAUGAUGUGAUAGUAUACAGGCUGUGUGCUGAGAAGGACUCUGAGGAUGCGAAGGAUUCUCAAGAGAAAGCUGCUAGGCCACCAGCUGAAGCCCAGGCUGAAGUUCAAAGUGUCCCCAUCAAUAAUGGCCCCCUUCUUAGCCCCCAGCCAGAGACGGAUUCAGAGGAGGAGGGCAAUAGGGACAAUUCAGACCCAUUUCACAGUGAGCCCAGGGAGCUAAAGCAAGAGAGGAAGCCUGAAGCAGCCCCAGAAUCCAACUCAGAGUUAGCAUCCCCUACCCCUGAGACAGAGCACAGCUCUAACCUGAUGGCCACUAAUCCUGAGAGUGAGGAUCUCAUUGCCCAGUAUGACCAAAUCAUUAAAGAGCUGGAUUCAGGUGCCGAGGGCUUGAUGGAAGAGAAUUUUCCCAUACCUGAUCCCUUGCUUCUCACAAAGGAGGAAGAAGGGAAAGAAGAAGACAGCAAAGAAGAAAAGGAGGAGGAGGGGAAGAAGGAGCUAGAAGAGGAGGAGGAUGACUUUGACUCAUUUAUAGCAGAAAUGCCUGCUGUAGAGACUGUGCCUUCCCCAUUUGGGGGAAGAGAUGAGACUGCCUUUGCCAGUCACCAUCCUGUGAGGACUCAAAGCACCCCAUUCACAGGUCCAUUCAUCAGCGUGGUCCUGUCAAAGCUGGAGAACAUGCUGGAGAACUCUUUACAUGUGAAUUUGCUGCUUAUUGGGAUUAUUACUCAGCUAGCUAGCUACCCCCAGCCACUCCUGCGCUCCUUUCUGCUCAACACCAACAUGGUCUUCCAGCCAAGCGUCCGCUCUCUCUAUCAGGUACUUGCAUCUGUGAAAAACAAGAUUGAACAGUUUGCUUCUGUGGAGAGAGACUUCCCAGGACUCCUCAUACAAGCCCAGCAAUACCUGCUCUUCCGUGUGGACAUGUCUGAUAUGACCCCUGCAGCACUAACCAAAGAUCCCAUUCAGGAGGCUCCCAGGACAGGAAGUGGCAAGAACCUUUUGGAUGGACCUCCAAGAGUGCUUCAGCCCUUCCUGACCCACAGAACCAAGGUGGCUGAGGCACCCCCCAACCUGCCCCUGCCGGUGAGGAACCCCAUGCUGGCUGCUGCCCUCUUCCCAGAGUUCCUGAAGGAGCUGGCGGCCUUGGCCCAGGAACACUCCAUUCUGUGCUACAAGAUCCUGGGUGACUUUGACGACUCCUGUUGUUAGCUUUUUUUUUUUUUUUUUUAAUAGAGGUUCUUGUUUUGAAAGGUUUUAGUGUCUUGACUGAAUGUUAAAUGCAAAGCUGCUUACAAAGAUUUCUACUUUGAUAUUUCCUGACAAUACUUGAUUUGUGGGGAGGGGAAUUUUCUAUCUCUUUCCUCUCUCUCUCUCUAGCCGGACUUUUCCACCUUAUGUUAUAUAGAAUGUAAGUCUCAUAAGCUGGUUGUUCCCUUGGCAGUUUUCUUUGCUCAGUUUUUCCUUCUUAUAUUUUUUGGUUGUCAUUCUCCUAUCCCUUUGAGUCACCCAUCUUGGAGCUCAGAUCACACCAAGCAAAUAUUGGGGUUCAGUGAUAUUUGGAAGUGCCCCAUGUCAGGAUUCUAGCCGUUCAGCAGCACAGGAAGAAUGUACACCUCUGCAACUGUGCGAGUGGUCCUGUUACCUCCUGCACUUUGGCCUCUGUUCUAUAAAGGAAGAAUGAAGAUGGAGCCCCUCUUGCUUCCAUUACAGAAGCACAUAUCACCUGUCCCUUUGGAUUUACUUCCAGGUUGUGUGUCCCCCAGCGUGUAUUGCAUUAUGGUGAGGGCAGAUAUACUGGUCCAGCUCUCUGCCUGGGAAGUCAGAAGUCCUUGGAGAGAAUUUAGAAUGCAGAGAAUUGUUCUUGUUUCUUCAGAGCUUACUUUAAUCAGCAUGACACUACCUAAACACUGAAGACAGCCUUAUUUUAGUAAGAUUUGCACAAAAUUAAGUAUACCUAUGCAAACUGUUACUUUGGUUUUUAGGAGUUUGAUCAGAUGAAAGAAGUAUGGUAUCACAUAUGUAUGUAAGAAGACGACCAUCAUUUUUAUAAGUGUUUUAUAAAAACAAUCUGAUUAACUUGUGAAGCCAUUUCAUAGCGGGAUUUUUUCAGGGAGGGAAUGUGGGGUGGGGUGGGGAGAUGAUAAACUAAAUGCAGCCUGUAAAAACACUGGUAAUUAUUUAAAAUUCGAUUUGCUUUUGCUAAUAAGCUGCACUUUGUAGAGAAACAGGAACUGUACAGCCCACUUCAGGAUCUUGGAUGUCAAUGCAAACAGGUCACCUGGAGCCCUGCAAAGCCAAGUGCCUGCUGGUGACUCACUCGGCAUGGAAAUGCUGCCUUCUGAGUAAUGGGGUUUAUUAGAAGGCCCCGCCAUACCGUAUGAGUGCCCCUCUGCUGCUUUGCAGCCUGCUCCAAGAGGCAGAAUUAUAGUUACAGCCACAUCCAUGUGAAACCACCACCAAGAAGGGAAAACACAGAAUAAUUGUGAGCUGAAAAUGAGACCAUAACAACCGAUUUUUAUGGAUAUCAAAUUCCACUCCCCUCUAUUUUGGGCCCAGUUCUGCAGGUGAGAAGCAAGUAACGAGCUUGAGCCUCCCGUUUGGAGGAAAAUUGGGAGGCCCAUCCUUCUCCGUUUUGGGCAUCUCUGUGGAGCCCCGAGGGCAGCCAUGGGUCUGGUGCUUGUGCCGCAGGAGCACUGGUUUGGUCUUAAUCAGGCCCCUCAUGCACAGGCAGGGCAGUGGAGGAAGGAACCACACCUGCAAUGCUGUGGAGCAGCAGAGGCCCUUUUCACUUCAGGAAUCUUGAAGUAGCUUUGUAUUGAGUGAAUUAGAAAUUGAGAGCUGCCUGUGAAAUGACUACAGGAUACCUGGCCUGGGCAGGUGAGCUGUUAGGAGCCAGCCUUGCUUUCAUGUUUCAUAGUCCAAGCAAGACAUUGAAGAUUCCUACUCACUAUACAUUUCUGUUUGUCUUGACAAAUGGUUUGCUCAGCUGUGAUGCAGCAGCCAGGAGAAAUGAGGCACAACCGACUGGCCUGCACCUGGAUUCCUGAUGCCUGGUGGUAUUUGCACAGCCCACAAGUCUCCAUUAGAAAAGGUAGCUUAAGAUGAAGAGGAACAGUUGAAGUUGGAAGUUCAGCUAUAAUUUAUUAUCCUCUUUGUUUUGCACAAGUAUUUUUCUUCUUGUUUGGACUUACAAAGUCAUAAAAUGCUAAUGCCACAUCUGGAAGUGGAAUUCUUUAGCUUUGUGGUUUGAUUUACACCUGUCUCCAUUAUCUGGUAGUGGUGUUGAAUCUUCUUGAAUCUGUGUUUCUGCAUUGUAGAACACCAUGGUCCCCUUUGUGGAAGGUUUCCUUUGGGAGAGAUUGAUUUUGUGCCUCUUACUGUUUUUUUCAAUAGGUACUGAAACAGACUUACUUAUUCUUUUGUUUUUUUGAGACAGGGUCUUGUGCUAUCUGGGCUAGAGUGGAGUGGUGUGAUCACAGCUCAUUGUAGCCUCAACCUCCUGGGCUCAAGUGAUCCUCCCUCCUUAGCCUCCGGAGUAGCUGGGACUGUAGGAACGUGCCAGCACACCCAGCUAACAUUUUGGUACAGUUUGUAGAAAUGGGAUUUCAUCACAUUGCGCAGGCUGGUCUUAAAGUCCUGGGCUCAAGAAAUUGUCCCGCCUCAGUCUCCCGAAGUGCUGGAAUUACAGGUGUGAGUCACUGCGCCCAGCCUUUAAAUGAGGACAGAGAUGACUGGUGUCUGUGGUGACAGACAGGAGAAUUUAACUUCCCAUACUGGGUUGCUGGUGGCAAACUCAUACAAUAACUCUUAAUUUCCUAUUUGGAAUUGAAAGCUGGUUCAUGUUUCUGAAUCCAUCACAGUCCUCACAGGUUUGUGUCCAUGGGUUUGCAAAAUGAAGUCAAAAAAUUGACCUGGACAUAGAAUGGGAAAAACCCAUGUGGUUGAGUGAAAUAACCGAGAGUGGGUUAUUUAGGGAAGGAUGUGGACGUGCCAAAAGAAAAACAGCAGAGAACCGAGGCUGUCCAUAUGAGAAGAGCAAAUCCUGAAAGAUUGGGAGAGUGAACAUUGAUCUAGGCAGAUGUGAAGAAACCAUGGAGUGGGUGCGUGAGAAAGGGAACUCCUUGUCAGGAAAAACAUCAUUGGCAAUGAAGUAGAAUGUUCCGGUCCUGAAGUAAAUAGGUGAGCCCUUAGAAAUACCAUUUUUUAUAAUGAGUUGCAGGGAGGAACUUAAAUAUAUUUGGCAUGCUUACAAAUAUGGUCUGAGAGUGUGGCCACUUGUGUGUGUGACAAGCUCCCACAUCAGUCACUAUGCUACUUGCUGGAAGAAUGUAGGGGAAGAGAAAUGGUGGGCACCACCCUGUGGUGCAGCCCCUGGGCUGGCAUCCCUGCGUCUGGCCUGGGCAGGAAAGAUGAGUGAGCCCAGAGUUCCUGGACUAUCACAACAUUAACCUCAAUUCAUAAUUCAGGGCCUGACUUAAAGAAGUUCCAGACUGAGUGACUUCUGUGGUUCAAAACGUAUGAAAGCACUGGGAUAUUUAAAAUUGAUUUUUUCAAAAUGGCCAAGUAAAUGUUUUUAAAAUUUUACCCAAAGAAAUUCCAGGUUAGGUUCAGCUUAAAACAUAAUUUCAUGGCUGGUAAAAUACAGUUUUCCAACCAUGAAAUGGGAGUGCUGGAAUAACUAGUUAGAGAUGUGGUUUUCCUUUACCAUUAGAUACCUCCUAUCCCUGGUAUUUAGAGGAAUUGUGAAGUUGUCCCCAUUUUGUUGAGUGUUAUUUUGGAAAAUCCUUUGAUGUGCUGGGAUUGCAGUGGAUGUCUGUCACUUUAGGUAGGAUGUGUUCAGUAUUUUUAAAAAGUACCCUUUUCUUAGCAGGUGGCUUUUAUUUAGGUCAGAUGUAGUUGGUUUCUGUCCAGUAUAAGACAUCAUGGAACCAAGGUGCUGUCAGGAAGGCAUCCUCUAAUGAACAGAAUCUAGAAACAGGCUACAUGAAUAUUGGGGUUGCCUGUUUGAUUUGGGCAGCCAGUGGGUACUCAGGGUUGAAAGUUGUUUUCAGUGUCUGAGUCAUCUUGGCUGUAGUGUUCAUGUGGACUGGUUGUCAGAUCUGUGUAAGGUUUAGGGUUGCAGAUGGGCUGCUCUUCUGCAUCUGGAUCAGCGUGUCUAGGCUGUCUUCAGUAGGGAAGUACAGCUGCAGCAGGGGUGGGCCUUGUCCCUGGCAUGGUGUUCAAUAUCUGCAUAUGCUCCAGUUCUCAUUUAAGGGCAAUUCAACGUAAUUGCUAAUUACCAGCCCUGUAUUUACUGAAAUGGCUGUCAUGGUUGCCGUUUCUAUGAAACACUUUAUUGCAGGUCAGCUAUCAUUGCACGUGCUUCUAGGCACUGGCUCAGGGUGGUGUCAUGUGUGGUUUGCUGCAAACCGCAGCCUGCUUUGCAGUGUGAGCUCUUCCUGGAAACAGCAGUCUCUUGUAGCUGAUGUCACAUCAGCUUUAAGUCAUUAAGAAGAUAGUCUAGGCCCCUUGUUGCUUCAGCCAUCAGUCUAUAAAUCACAUAAUACUAAUUCUCCAUCAAGUAACAGCUUAAAACAGAACACUAUCAAACCAGUUUAUGUUCCAGCCUUAAAUCACUUCACUGAGGAAGCACUGGAAGAGAAUGAAGUUGGCUUGUUUUCCUUCCUUCUUUUUGAAUGACCAUCGUAAACCUAAUGCUUUAGAAAGAGCUCUCAGAAGACUGAGAAUGGUUUUUAGGAUAAUUUUGCCUCAGUAAAUCCUCUCUACAUUCAGGCAUUUCUUAGGCCAUUACUUGUUUCUGGAGGACAGAUUAUCCAGGCAGCUCAUUCACUGGAAAAACAGGGCUUUGGUGAGAAAAAGAUUUUCAGAGGUUCUUUAGGGAAAAGGACCAGGACAAGGUGGGUGGAGGCCUUCAGUUCUUUGACCUCUUGCACCUAGAAUCCUAAAACUGAUCGUGAUUUUAGCUAGGACUGACCUUUCCUAGCUUGUAGGUCACAAUUUUGUUCCCAUCUUAAAAGGUUUAAGUUAACCCACUGUUACCUAUACAGGUAACAAGACUGCUAGUAGGAUCUGUCAGCAUGACUUUGAUACGCGUUUCAGGCAUCUUUUUGGGAGUUUAAAUUUACUGUAUCAUUUCAGAACCCAACAAAGGUGAUGGAAGCUCUUGGGCCAGAUUGAAUUUCAUGGAGCGGAGGCUGUAGAAGUCUGUGCUUCUUAGUGUGUCAGCUGACUUUAUUGGGACAAGGCUAUGAAAGGCCCACCUAUAACAAGGCCCCUUUUUGCCCUGUGGAUAUUUUAAAAGAGGGAAUUUGGUGUUGACAGUCUUACAUGAGUCUUGCUAAGCUAUCUGACUAAGCGUUUCAAUCAGAUGCUUCCCAUCUCACGACCAAGGGUCAGCUCUAUUUAUAAACAAUCCAUGAAUGUGUUUGUCUAAAACCUGCUGGAGAAGCAUGGCAGCCACUUCCAUGCUGCUUUUGGUAAUUGGUAAAGAAUACAGCCUUUCAGAUAGAUUGGCUGGCUUUUCUCCAAUAGUCACUAUGUGGAAACUAUACAACUAAAUUCAAUUGAAAUGAAAGAUACAGUAUAAAAUAGUGGGUCAUGGCCACAAGCUGUGUCCUGAACUAACCAACUCAAAGCUGAAGGAGGGUGUGUACUUUCCAAAACUUCAUGGCCAUCUUAAUAAUUAUUUUAGCAAUAAUUACUAAAAUAUGGGGGGGGGGGAGCUCAGCUAAAAUAUCCUUACCUUGGUACAGUAAUGUUCUAGGUUCUUAAAAGCUAGGAACAGAAGUUCACGUUGAUGUAUAACCCUGGACAGAGAUCAAACAGCUCUUUUCUAGACCCAGAUGACCUAGAAUGUAGAAACCUAGGAGUUGGUAUCACCAGUGUCUCUUACAAAAGGGCCCCACAAAAGGUUGUCCAUUAAUUUGUUUCAUACAGUAAGAGCUUUUACUGAAUACUCCCUCUGUUAGAUAGCAUGCUGAGUGCUAGGGCUGGCAUAUUCCCGCCUUGCCACCAGAAACCGCCAACCUCCUUCCCAGGCAACAGAACUCAGGGUUUGGGCCUGACCAGGCAGAGCUGGUUCAAGCCAGCCUGGGGCAGAGCCAGUUUUCCAGCACACUCCAACUUCCAGUCAGAGCCUCAGCAUCAUACACCUAGCCUACAGGUGUGUGAAUUCCUGAGACAGAUGGCAAUGGCAUCACCUGUGGUGCCAACUCAUACAUUUUAAUGAGAUUUCCCCCUGAAGAGUAAACCAGUAGACCAGACUAAAUGCACACUCAUGUAAGAGUGUAAAAUUGUAUUUCACUAAGACCCCUUUACAAGCAGAGCCAUCUUUGUGAAUUUCUUAAGGUGAUAAUAUAAACAUAUCUUUAGAAUAUCUCAUCGGGUUUCAAUCAGAGCCAUGCUUUGGUUUUUUCCUAGUAGCAGUGAUAUCAACUUACAAGGUUUGGUUUUCAGGAUUUUGGAAGCUGGCAUUGAAGACAACAGGCAAUUGUCAGCUGAUUGACAAUCAGCCUGGACAGAUCAAGUGCUUUCACGAUGGCAUCUUUCUCUGGGAAUAAUCAGUCCUGAAUACAGUUUUCACUUGACAUAAUGGUUUUGGUAAACUGUCUUUAUCUGGCUGCACCCCCUCCGGAAAGAUCCUUCAAUGCUUUCUGUAAGGUUUAGUCAUCAAGAAGCCAGAACUUUUGGUGAAAAUGGAAUUUAUAAAAUGAAACCGAACCUUCUUCUUUCUUACACAAUGAAGAUCCUGUCAGACUCCAGUCUCAGACCAUCUUUGCCCAUUUGUAAUUCAGAGAUUUGCAGAGUAAAGAGAGAACUGAUUCAGCCUGACACUCCCGUACAGAGGUUUAGUGAAAAUAAUGUUACUAUAGACCCAGUAGUUUUCAGUACUGCAGCAGAAUGGGGACACCUGUCUUCCCAGGUAAGGUAACAUAGUCCCUUAAAAUUCGAAGUCACUAAUUUUAUUAAAACACAUUAAAAAAAAAAAAAGUCACCUCCUCAUGCCUGUCCAAAAUGAAGCACACAACUGGUUACCUUUCUCUGCCUACUUUUUGUGCUGGGGAAUAGGGGCACCAUUCUCAUCACUCUCAGGGAAGUCCUGAGCAACUGUGCAAGGCAGGAAGCAUGAGUCACUGAACUGGUGAUGGAGGGGGUGUCCACUUUUUCCUAGUUCCUCAGCUGCUUCUGGAGCAGCGUUCAUAACAGGAAUGUGUUUACUGUCCUUGGUAGGCUACAGAUUCACAGCUUCAAAUCAAGGCCUCCAAGGAUUUUAUUCUCUUACAUCACGGUUUUGACAAGUAUGCUUUUAAAAAACAACAUUUGCAAAGCUGGCCUUCAAGUGAGGUGAGUCAGAGGUUAACAAAGGCAUAUACUGAACAAAGAGGUGCUCUGGUGCAAGGGAGAACAGUAUUAGUGUCAUAGCACAGGAGUGCAGGCAGCCCCGCCCUCAUCGAGACGCCUGCAGCACACCACAAUUAUUGUGAAAGGUCAAGAUUUUGAUUUAAUAAUUUGUCAUCUUAUUUCCAAGCAAAACAAGUCAAUUUCAUGUUACAACUUUUUUCUUUUUUGUUUCUUUUCAUCCUGUUUGGCUUGAGGGUUGCGGGGAGUUGAGGGGAGUUGUCAACUGCACAAUCCUUGAAGUGUAAGUUAAUUUUUAUGGGAUAUUUCAGCAUAUAUUUUACUGAUUAAAUUUAUUUGAAAACUUA